UUCACCCGGACUGACGCUACAUGGUCUGAAAGAGACCGAACUUAUUUCUGCUUUUCCAGGAUGAGUUCCGUUGAGGUGAAUGAUGAGAAUCGAGGGGUCUGCCCUGGAGGAAAACACAACAGCUCAAUCACCGACAUAUUUGACCUGGAUCAGCCGACCGGGAGGCCGUCCAUCCUGCGUCAGUCAGAGAACCUGCCCAGCAAGACUGUGCCGAAGGGGAUGAAGGUUUGUUUUCAGACCCCAAGAAGAGACCCUGCGACCAAGAGAAUUGUCCAAUCUCCGAGCAAGGCUGCGAAGAUGACCAGUGUGGAUGAGUGCACAAAGGCAAUGGAGACUUUAAAUAUAGAUAAAAUAAAUCCUUCACCACAAGAAGUCCCCGAGAAGCCUGAUGAGCCCGAACCAGAAGUGUCGUCUUAUCCUGAUGACGCAAUGCCAAUACAGAGCAAGGGCGGUUAUCAGCUGGAUUUUGACAACCUGGAAGCCAUGAAUCCAUUUCAGGGAACCACUAAGAUGGUUCUCUCUCCUGCAAAGCCCCCAGAUCAAAAUGUGUCUCAACACACACAGCCAGAGGAGGUCUUGGAGGAGCCCACCAAGGCAGACACAGUCUUAGAUGAGACGCUUCCCUUUGCGCCGUCCUUGGAAAAUUCACAGGUUGACCUCUCUGCCAACUUCAGCUCCACAGAGAGCAGUGUGGUCACAGUGGUGAACGUCCCAGCAUUUGAGGAACAAGAUUCGUGUUCUGCAGCGCCCGAAGAACAACCUGCUGAGACGUCUCCAAAUGCUUUGCAAGAUAAAAAACAAGACCUCUUUGUGGAGGACGCCCCUCUGCCGUCGAAAGGUUCAUAUUGCUUUGAUUUAGACAACCUUGAUGAAAUUAAUCCUUUCCAAACUGGUGGCGCUAAGAUGCAGAAUUCCCCGGUCCUCGGGAGAAAGCUGCCAGACAAUGAUCCCCCUCUCGAGGAGCCACAGGUGAAGGAAAACAAACCUGCUGAUAUUGUUGAUGUUCCUGAGGUGGCUUCGAAGUCGCCUCCUCAGCCUGAUGUGACACCCAUCGCUGAAGUUGUCCCAAUAUCCACUAACGCAGCCACGCCUCCGUCUGCUGAAUCUCAGCCAGAUGUGGUCCCAGUUAAGGAAGGCCCAAUCAAACUCGAGUUCAAUUUCGACGAUGGAAGUGAGGUUAAAAAGAAACCACCACUCAAGAAGUUGGGCAAAAGGCCACCCGGUGCAAAAUCCAAAGCAGAAAAGCCCGUGUCUGAUGUCAAAACACGAAAGGAAACCUCAGUGAAGCCCGAUGCCGGCGACGUGGCCGAGGUUCCAGUUCCCAAAAGCUCUUACUCAUUUGACUUUGAAAACUUUGACGACCCAAACUUCAACCCGUUUGGCACCAAAGCGGGCAUGAAUAACACUCCAGUGUGCAGCCCUGUGCUUACGGAAAGUACCAUUCCAGAGCAGCCGGAGAAGCCUGCGGAGGAGGAAGCUGUAUCACCAGGCUGUGCUGUAGAGAGUGUCCCAGCUGCCGAACCCAGCCCUGGACAGACUUCUGCCCCUGAACUCCUCAAGGAAACCGUGCAGAGUCUCCCUGAAGCGUCCAAACUAUUUCAAGCUGAGCAGACGUCAGAGCCUCCGAUGUUUGAAUUUAACGAAAACUUUGUUCCUGGAGCAAUGUUCAUGGCUAAUGAUUUGGAUGGACAAAUGGACUACCUUGAACAGUUUGGAUCAAGCCGUUUCAAGGAAUCUGCACUGAGGAAACAAUCCUUGUAUCUUAAAUUCGACCCGCUCCUGAGAGAGAGUCCAAAGAAGCCCACGGCUGCCGCUGAAGCCCCUCAGACCCACGGCCCCCGACCCGCCGCCUUUGCGUCACGACUUGAAACUCAACAGAUGCCAGAAAAAGAGGCGACAAAAGCGUACUGUGAUUUCAAACUGUUCGAUCCUACAGCACCAGCGACGCCAAUCUUCGAGAGCCUCGUACCAUCCUACCCACAGCAGGCGAACCCUGACGAGGCCAUUAUCGACGUGCUGAAGUACAGUCAGAAAGACCUGGAUGCAGCCAUCGCCAAAGUCCAGGCGGAGUCAAAAGAGAAGGAGCAGCAAUGGAGGGAAAAACAUAAAAAAGUAGUUGAUGAUGGUCAAGAAAUGAGGAAAAUAAUCGCAGAAUUUGAGCUCAUGAUUGCAAGAAUUAUGGCCGACCAAGAGAAGGAGAGAGAGGUGGCCCUGGGGAAGCUGAACGAGGCUCUGCUGGAGAAGGAGCAGACGUCCAGCGACCUGAAUGCGAUGGAGAGAUCUUUCUCUGAGCUUUUCAAGAGACUGGAGAAGUACAAAACCGUUAUCGAGGGCUACAAAAAGAAUGAAGAGAUUCUGAAAGCCUGUGCGCAGGACUACCUGGUGAGGAUCAAAAAGGAGGAGCAGCGCUACCAGACGCUCAAAGCUCACGCUGAGGAGAAGAUUGGCCUUGCAAAUGCUGAAAUCAAUGAGGUGCGCUCAAAGUUCAAGUCGGAGGUGUCGGCUCUACAAGCUCAGCUGCGGCGGGAGCAGCUGAAGGUUCAUUCGUUGGAGAAGAGCCUCGACCAGAAGGGGAAGGAGGCUGAAGAGCUGACCAAACUUUGUGAUGAGCUUAUCACCAAUGUUCAGAAGGGUUGAGCUCGUUUUGUAAAUACUGUUUUAAGUUCUUCUGUUUUUCUUUGUUGGUCUGUUAGACUUUUAUUGUUGUUCUGUCCUUGUAAAUGUUCUUAGAAGUACUGUAAAAGAAGUUAAUAAAGAUGAUGAUUUAA